AUAUUAUUCAAUAUAAUAAGUUAAUAUUAGUUAUUGCUAAUUUUACAUUAGUAAAAUAAUAAGCUAGUUAUAUAACAAUAUAAUGGAGCUAUUAUUGUGGUCACUAUCCGCUGUAGCCUUUGGGCUGUUUUUUGUCUAUAAAUACUUGACGAGAAACUUUAAUUACUGGUCUAAGCGGGGUAUACCCGGUCCCAGACCUCUACUAGGCUUUGGCAACACACUGAGCGCUUUUAUCAACGAACCGACCGAGCUUGAAAAGAGUUGGGUCCAAAAAUAUGGUAAAAUAUACGGCGUUUACGAGGCAAACACACCCAUACUGACAGUGGCCGAGCCUGAGCUCAUCAAACAGAUUAUGGUGAAAGACUCGCACAUAUUCUCGUUCAAAGUGACAGACCCUAUACUGAAAGCGGGCGCUCACCCAAUACUAGGCAAAACCCUAGUGGCCAGCAAUGGCCAGGAGUGGCGUCGGGCGCGGUCUGUCAUAUCGCCCACCUUCUCGUCGAGCCGUAUGAAAUCCAUGUACGCAAAAGUGCGCGACUGUUUGAACGAGUUGUUUGAGUCAAUGGAACCCUAUGGUAAGAAUGGCACACCCGCUGAACUCAAGACCAUCUACGGCAAUCUGACCAUGGACGUUAUAGCCACCUGUGCGUUCGGCACCAAGGUCAAUUCGUAUCGCAACGGCAACUCGCCGUUCAUUCACAACGCCAACAUGGUGUUCAACCCGAACCCGAUCAGGUUGUUGAUGCAGAUGAUGUUACCCACGGGGCUGUUGAAGGCCAUGCGGUUGAAGCACGUGAUCCCGGAGUCGGCCAACGAGUUCUUCUUUGAGAUGACCCGCACUAUAAUGCGAGAGCGAAAGCGACAGGACAUGAAGUACAAUGAUUUCCUUGAGUUGGCCAUGAAUUCCGAGUAUAAUGAGGGUAAAGAUGGCGGAUAUGGCAGCGCUAACAGCUCGGGCGAUGAUGAGGCCAAAGAUGUUAAUGGCAAUGUUAAUACCGGAAAGUCAGCUUACGGUAAGACAGCGACAGCGCCCGACCCCUACAUCACAAACGAGGAGAUACUGGCGAACGCGUGGGACUUUUUCACCACCGGCUACGAGUCGAUGGCCACAACUCUGUCCUUCGCCUCCUAUGAACUGUCGCGUAAGCCCGAGAUUCAGGAGCGCCUGCACGACGAGGUGCGGGCCUCUCUCGAUGCCAAUGGCGAGAUUGAAUAUGAUCAAUUGGGCAAAAUGAAUUACCUGGAUGCCGUGGUUUCCGAGACACUUAGACUGCACACCAUAUCGAUCCGAUUGGGUCGUAUGGCCUCCCAGGACUACAAACUCGGCGACACCGGUAUUGUCGUGGAAAAGGGACAGACCGUUGAGAUACCCGUCUAUGCCGUACACCAUAGCGAAGAGUUUUACCCGAAUGCACCGGCGUUUGAGCCAGAGCGAUUUAUGCCCGAGAAUAGUCACAAGCUCAUUCCCUAUACGUUUUUGCCCUUUGGCACCGGCCAUAGAAGUUGUGUGGGCACCCGGUUUGCCCUGAUGGUCGUGAAAUUGGCCCUGGCACAUGUGGUCCAACGGUAUCGGUUUGUUAUUACCGAUAAGACCGAUAUCCCGGUGCUGUUAAAGUCUAGUGUUCUUAAUCAUACGCCUGAGCGGGUUAUACUUGGCUUAGAACCCAGAGCUUUAUAACAGCACUCUUUUGUUUAAAUCAUUUAUCAUGCUCAUUAUGGCUGUAUUAGAUUUUAGACCUAUUCAUAUUCAUUAUAUAC